CAGCAGCGGCAGCGGCGGCGGCAGCAGCCACCCAUGUCUGCGGCUCCCGAGAAGCAGCAGCCGCCGCUCGGCGGAGGAGGAGGCGGCGGAGGGGGCGGCGCGGCCAUGGACCCUGCGGCGUCGGGCCCGGCCAAGGCCAAGAAGACCAACGCGGGCGUGCGGCGGCCGGAGAAGCCGCCCUACUCCUACAUCGCGCUCAUCGUCAUGGCCAUCCAGAGCUCGCCGUCCAAGCGCCUGACGCUCAGCGAGAUCUACCAGUUCCUGCAGAGCCGCUUCCCCUUCUUCCGCGGCUCCUACCAGGGCUGGAAGAACUCGGUGCGCCACAACCUGUCCCUCAACGAGUGCUUCAUCAAGCUGCCCAAGGGCCUCGGGCGGCCCGGCAAAGGCCACUACUGGACCAUCGACCCGGCCAGCGAGUUCAUGUUCGAGGAGGGCUCGUUCCGCCGACGGCCGCGCGGCUUCCGAAGGAAGUGCCAGGCGCUCAAGCCCAUGUACAGCAUGGUCAACGGGCUGGGCUUCAACCACCUCCCCGACACCUACGGCUUCCAGGGCUCUGCCGGGGGCCUCUCGUGCACACCCAACAGCUUGGCGCUGGAGGGCGGCUUGGGCAUGAUGAACGGCCACCUGGCGGGCAACGUGGACGGCAUGGCGCUGCCCGGCCACUCGGUGCCACACCUGCCCUCCAACGGCGGCCACUCGUACAUGGGCGGCUGCGGGGGCUCUGCGGCCGGGGAGUACCCGCACCACGAUGGCUCGGUGCCCGCCUCGCCGCUGCUGCCGGCCGCGGCCGGCGGGGUCAUGGAGCCGCACGCCGUCUACUCCAGCUCGGCCGCGGCCUGGCCGCCCUCGGCCUCUGCGGCUCUCAACAGCGGGGCCUCCUACAUCAAACAGCAGCCUCUGUCUCCCUGCAACCCCGCGGCCAACCCCCUGUCCGGCAGCCUCUCCACGCACUCGCUGGACCAGCCCUAUCUACACCAGAACAGUCACAACACCCCCGCCGAGUUGCAAGGCAUCCCAAGGUAUCACUCACAGUCGCCCAGCAUGUGUGACCGCAAGGAAUUUGUCUUCUCUUUCAACGCCAUGGCGUCUUCCUCCAUGCACUCAGCGGGUGGGGGUUCUUACUACCACCAGCAGGUCACCUACCAAGACAUCAAGCCGUGUGUGAUGUGAGGCUGCGGUCUGGGCCGGCCCGGGGACCAGGAGCUCACCACCACAAACUGCUUUAUUCUUGAGGUAUAGCCUUCAGGGCAGAAGGAAAAGGGUCUGGCCCCUCCGUAACCGGAAUAUUUGGAAAGAAACUCCCAACACAGAGACCGGCGCUAUGGUCAAGCGGCUCUUUCCUCUCCCAGUCCUUCACAGCGUCCUAAAAACUGGUGACUGUGGGGCCUGAUCAGACCACAGCUGUCAGUAAAUACCUGUUUUCAACUCUAUUGAACUGGGCUGCCAAGGUGUUGUGUCCCGCUACGUGGAAAGAAUUCUGCCAAGGUCCCCCACCCUCCAGCAGCAACCGCGAGGGAGGAUUUUAGAAGAAACUCCAAGUGAGACCAGUCAUUAUCAAACACUUUUAUUUCUGGUUAAGUAUUUAUCUUUGAAUUUUAAACUUUUUGGAAAGAAUGUCUUGGAACGCACAAGUCUCCCCUAGAGCCGUCCUUUUAUUUUUCUGGGAGGAGGGAGUGGCAUCCCGUCUCCCCACCCGGGGCUUCGCCAGUAAUUACAGGUGGAUCUGUGCGAAUAAUGUGCAAAUCUGAAGCCGCUGUUUGUCUUUUAAAAAGAAAACAGGAGCCAAGAAUGGGCCGGUUGUCCCGGGCCUCUGUCCCCCCCGCACUGUCCUUCUCCUUGAGUUUCGUUUUCAGUUACAUCUUGACUUUUACAGUGAGUGUUUUUCUGUCUUCCAAUCUCUACUGGAAACUUUCCGGAAGGCGAGCGAGAUGCCUGGACGUGAAGGCCGGUGCCGGGCAAUGCUUGCCGGGCAAUGCGGUUAAGGCACUUUGAGGACCGUAGGCAGGCUCAUCCCAUUAUUUAUUCUGGUUCCCCCGCCCCCCAAUAAUCAAAACACCACGUAGCUCCUCUGUUUAUCAGUAUUAAUGGUGUAACUUUGUUGGCAAUAUUUGCCGUGUAGAGUGUUUUUUUUUUUUUUUUAGCUAUCCAUUGUAAAUUUGAACAAAGACCGAUCCGUGUAAAAACAAAUUUCCAUAUGUUUUAUAUAAAUAUGUCUAAUAUGAAAGGCUGUCUCCUUUUAGUAUUCCGGCUGCAGAGGUGCAGUCUUUGUGACACAUACUUUAAAUUUCCUUCUGCGCUGUAUAAAAGGACAAUCUGCGGGUGAUCUGCUUGUGUAUUUUUUUCCUAAAAAAAGAACAAAAAUAAAAAAUGUAUGACAUUUGUA